AUGGCGGCGAGUCACCAUGAUUUUUGCAAAACGCAAGCUGUGUUUCAAUUAAAUGCUGAUUGAUCAGCCAAAAUCGUCACAAACACGAAGUGUUGCGACGUUUAUUUAUCAACUAACCGCAAUAAUUUCGAGACAGCGCUCUCCGCGCAAGGAGCAGUAAUCAAACGAACACGCUUGUGCGAAAACGAAGAGAUUUUGCGCCAACGUCUACAGAAUGAGUACAGUGAGCCACAGUUCCGUUCCACAUUCUCCGCAGGCGACAACGACUUUAACAGGAAAUGGUGUAGUGGGUGAGGCACGCGUCGGAGACGUGAGCUCUUACUACGUCCCGCCGCAAGAUUACGUGCAGACGAAGCUCCCGGAGCAGGAUCAACCUCCUCGCUCGCCUCCCGGUCAUCCCGUCUCCAUGGCAAUGCAAGAAGACGCGGAGACUGCGGCGGCGGCGGCCGUCCCCGGGCCGCACGGCGACCGCACAUCCGUGAUAGUCAGGAACCAUCGCCACGACGACGACCGGGACGAGGGGAGCGCCGAGCUUGGCAGCAUCCACGAUCGCGCGGCCGAAGCCCCGUCGCCGCGGGCGACCGCAGUAGGAGUCUCCGCUCUUCCUCCGGAUGCGCGCAUAGGUGGCGCCGCCGACUCGGCGACCGCUGGGAGCGAGGGCGAAUCGGAGUCGUGGGAAGCGGCGCGGAAGAUGGGAGACGAAGACCGAGCAGCGAGCGAGGAUAAGGAUGAGGAUGCCGCGAGGGAGGAUGCAAAGGAUGCGGAUGCUGCGAGUGAGGAUGCAGAAGCUGUGAGUGAGGUUGCGGAUGCUGAGGCUGCAAAUAAGGAUGCAGGUGAUGCAAGCGAGAACGCAAAGGAUGCCGGAGAAUAUUCGGAGGUCGCAAGCGAAGAUGCGGAGGCCGCAUUUAAAGAUGCGGAGGCUGCAAUUAAAAGUGUGGCUGCUGCAAUUGAAGAUGCAGAGGCUGCGGGCGAGGAUGCGAAGGAUGCGGAAGUUGCGAGUGAGGACGGAGAGGACGAAACGGCUCCGAGCUUCGAAUAUGCGAAGAACGAAGAGGUCGCAAACGAAGAUGCGGAGGGCGGGAGCGAGAAUACGAAGGAUGAAAAGGAUGCUGAUGCUGCAAGCAAGGAUGCAGCUGAGGAUGCGUGGGAAGAUGUCGGGGAUGCUUCUGAGGAUGAGAGUGAGGAUGCCAAACACGCAAACGACUACGCGAAAGCUGCUAACGAUGACGCAGAUGCUGCGAGCUCGCGGCGGAUGCGGGAGGCCGCCGUGGCGACGAUCCUGCGCCGAACCGUGGACUGCGUCUGCGGCGACGAACUCCUCGACCGGCUGUCUCGUCGUCACGACGACGACCCCGCAUCCUCCGCCGGCAUCGCGCAUCACUACCGCCUCGCAGCCGACAUGCUGUCAACGCUGCUGCGUCGCGUCGCCGCCAGCGACGACCUCGCGACCCCGGAGGCGGCGCGGCCGUGCUCGGUGCUCGUGUGGCGCGUCGACGACGGCAACGUCGGAGCGUUGAAGCGACGGCACCUGUUGCGCGCGAUCAACCUGUCAGCGGCUGCGUCACGACGCAAGACGACGGCGACAACGAACAAGAGGCGCUCGGAGGCAGCUGCGAACAAGCCGCAGAGUCGCGAAGAGGCUGCGUCGCCGCGAGAACCCCUGACGACAAACAAGAGGCGUGCGGCGGCGGUGACGGCAGCGGAGGUGGCGGCGGCGAAGGAACAAGAUGUGAGCGAACCUUCGGAAGAACAGCGCGAACCCUCGCCCGACGCCGGAGGACGGCCCGUGAGGUCGCUGCGGCCGCGACGGCGCGUGCCGGACUACAGAACGGCGCCCGCAGCGAGCGCGCGUCUUCAGCUCGGCGGCGGCGGCCGCGCCACGCACGACGGCGCCGCGCUGCUGGGCAAGAUCGCUCCGCUGCGGAGGAAUCUGAUCCCCGCCGGCGGGUUCCUUCCUGCGAAACGCCCCGAGCUCCGAGAAGGAGAAGACGAUGCCGCGGCGAGCGAGGAGGAGGAGAGGAGAGAGAGGCUCGCCCAAAUAGCGACGGCAGCAGCGGUCGUGCGAGAACGGAGGGCUGCUUGCGCGAAGUCUGAGGAGACGAUGAGGAGGAAUGAGGAUGAGGAGAAGUGGCUCGAUCGCUGUGUGGCGCGUCGUGACGACCUGCACGGCGAGCGACGCCGCGCGCGUGGGAGCGGCGUGCGCCGACGCCCGCCUACCAGCCUCGCGUCGUGCUGCCCACGCGUCGACGACCGUCGCCGCGGCAACGCUGCCGCCGCACCGCUCCAUUCGCUCACUUCGACGCUCUCCCUCGCGCGCGACCCGGGAUGUCACCGAGGGAGGGUUCGCCGGGGGUCACCAGAGGCGCGCGAGUCCACGCAGAGGUCGCGAGAGGAGUCGCCGCACCUCGCCGCGGCGCACGUUGUUCGGCGACCUCCUGCGGCUGGUUCGGGCGCCGCGAGGUCGCGGCGGCCGGCGGGCGACGAGUCGACGGCGUCGUCGGCGAGGACCGGUCGCCUCGAGGAGGAUUCGUUGAUCGAUCGCCGGUCGCGCGCGACGAGAGAUGGAGGAGGUCGCGAGUCACGGGCGAGGUCAACAGCGCCGAAGAAGGCGAGGAAAGCGGAAUGCAGCUGCGCGGCCACGCUGGGGGAAGAAGGUGCGCGGAGGCGGAGAGGGAGGGAGCUCCCCCCAGAAGAGAAGCCUGCGCCGCGCGGCACGCGAGAAGCGUUCUCGCUGGCCACGCGAGAGCGAGCGCGGAGGAAACGCACCGCCUUGUCGCGCAGACGGCGUCUGCCGGCCGUCAAAGUCUCGCCGCAGUCGCGAUGGGUCGAUCGUCAAUCACGGCGACACGUCGCGUCGAUCGAGCCGCGGGCGGCGCGCGAGCGCGCGUGGCGGCCCCGCGGCGCCGAGACCGCGCUCGUCUAA